CACAAAAACAAGAAUUAGAACCUUACUGUUCGAAAAAGAAAAAAAUAAGUAUUUAAUUAAAAAAGUAGAAGUUGACCCGAAAGUCCGAAACCCACCUCUUAUAAAAUCUCAGCCUCUUUUACUUCCACCCAAAUUUUCUUUCUUUCUUUAUUUUCUCUAAUAAUACCACACAUCAAUCUUCAUCAUCAUGAGUUAUUACAAUCAAGGCCAACCCCCAGUUGGUGUUCCUCCCCCACAAGGUUAUCCCCAAGAAGGGUACGCAAAGGAUGCGUACCCUCCACAAGGGUACCCACCACAGGGGUACCCGCAACAAGGAUACCCGCAACAACAGUAUCCACCUCAAUAUGCCCCGCAGUAUGCUCAACCACCUCCUCAACAGCAAAAACAAAGUAGUGGUUGCCUAGAAGGAUGUUUGGCUGCUCUGUGCUGCUGCUUUUUAUUGGAUGCAUGUUUUUAAAAAAGAAGGCUUGAAUUGGUACAUAGGAGUUCAAGUUAUUAUAUAAUCAAAGUAUCAUUCAUGGUUUUUGAUAUUUUGUUGCGUACGUUGCUGGUGGUUUAUCUUUUUUUUACUUAUAAUUUGAUGGUGUUUGGAUAUGUUUUGAGAUGUUUUAUCGGUUUAUAUUGGAAACUACAUUAACAACUUCUUGUA